UUGGUCUGGUUUUAGUGGGGGAUUCAAUCAUCUAACUCUGUUGCUUCUCAAAGUGGGCAACUAAAAAUCCUAACAAACUUGUUUCUAAAAAUUCCUCAAGUUUAUAAUAUGCGUUUUAACUGUAGUCCAUAUGAGUAUUAUCCUCAUCAAUAAAUAGAACGCCACACAAUCUAUAUGGAUAGAUAUAUUUAUAUAUGCAGCAGAGACGGAAGUAAAAAAAUAACUUGAGAGAAAUGAGUAUGUUUUGUACUUUGAGAGUAUUUCUUCUCUCAAGAAGUAUUACCUUACUUCUUUUCUGUAUCAUUUGCUGUAGUUCUUCAGAGAUUUCAACUCAUGAGAAGGAAAGAGUAAGUCAUUUCCAUGUUAUGAAAGGAAGCUCACUUUUGAAUGAUGCAUUGCUUGAUUGUUCAUCUGAUGCUUCUUCUUCUUCUUCCACCACCUCUUCCAUGCAAGGUGCUCAAAGUGAGAAAUCUUCAAUGAAAAUAGUUCACAGAAAACAUCACUGCUCAAAUUCUCAUCCACUCAACCAGAAUGAAGAAGAUAUACCAAAAUCUGGUGGCAAAAUUCUAGAAAACUACCUACUUCAAGACCAAAUAAGGGUAAACUAUAUUCAGUCAAAAUUUUCCAAAAAUGAAAACAACUCUGAAUACUUCCCAAGUAGAAAAGACUCCAAAGUUUCCUCAAUCCCAGCAAAAUCAGGUAUACCAUUAAGUAUUGGUAAUUACUAUGUAAAUGUUGGAUUUGGAACACCCAAGAAAGAUCUCUCGCUUAUCUUCGAUACCGGUAGUGAUUUCAGUUGGAUUCAGUGUAAGCCGUGUGUGGUUUCAUGUCACGAGCAAGAACAACCAGUAUUUGAUCCUUCACAAUCAAAAACUUAUUCAAAUAUUUCUUGUAACUCAACUGAAUGUGCCCAACUUCGGUCAGCCACCUCACUUACACCUAGAUGUAGUUCUUCUACUUGCGUCUAUGGAAUUCAAUAUGGCGAUCAGUCUUACUCAGUUGGAUACUUUGGUUCUGAAAAAAUUACUUUAACCUCAAGGGAUGUUUUUCGAAAUUUUCGCUUCGGCUGUGGCCAAAACAAUCGUGGUUUAUUUGGUAAAACUGCUGGUUUGCUUGGACUUGGAAGAGACAGGCUUUCUCUGAUCUCUCAAACUGCUAGACAAUAUCGUCAAGUUUUUUCAUAUUGUCUUCCAUCUUCAGUAAGCUCAACUGGAUACCUUAAACUUGGAAAUGAUAAAAAGGAUAAGAUAUCUUCCACCAAAUUCACACCUUUACUGACCAACUCUAAAGGCCCAUCAUUUUACUUUCUUGAUAUGACAUCGAUAACAGUCGGAGGAACCAAACUGGCAAUAGCGGCAUCUGUUUUUGCAUCAUCGGGAACUAUUAUUGAUUCAGGAACAGUAAUCAGUCGCUUACCUUCUUCAGCUUAUGCAGCAUUACGAUCAAGCUUCCGAAGUUUCAUGUCUCAGUAUCCAUUAACAACACCUACUAGAUUACUUGAUACCUGUUAUAAUCUAACUAGUUUUGACGUAGUCAGUGUUCCAAAGAUAAUUUUGAAUUUCAGAGGUGGAGUGGAUCUUGACGUAAAUUUUUAUGGACUCCUAGUUGGUCCAAUUGAACAGAUAUGUCUGGCUUUUGCUGGAAACCAAGAUGACACAGAUGUGGCAAUUCUUGGGAAUAGGCAACAACAGACUAUCAAAGUCAUUUAUAAUGUUGCAGGAAAGAAGCUAGGAUUUAUACCAGGUGGUUGUAGUAGUUGAAUUUAGCUCAUCAUUUAUUUAGAUAUGGUGAUUAGCUAGUAUAUAUAAAUCUAUAAUGUGAAAUCAGAACCAUAAUCGACUAAGCAGUGAGUAAAAUAGGUUCUACUUUGCCAACCUUUAUGUCUUCAAUUGGCUGACAUGCAGUCGUAUUAUUUGCUUUCUGUUUAAUUAAUACAAUUUGAGGAGCUAAAAAGAGUUCUACCCUCUACAAUGUACUAGUAGUGGCUGUCUCAUGCUGAUAAUUAAAAGUUCGGUCUCUAAAAUGAUCAAUAAAGAAUCAAGUAUUGUUUA